AUAAGGAGAUGAUAUUUUCUCACGAUAUCAUGAAGACUCGUCGGGACGGAUAUUCAAUAUGGUGCCUAUCAGGGUCUUACUGCUGUUAGCAAUACCACUAAUUGGUAUUUUUCUGCAAGAAUCAUCCAGUAAGAGCAUUGACGAACGUAAUCCUCAUGUCGAAAGUCCCGCAGACUUCGAAGGGUACCAUGAGCUGAUUAAAAGUAAACGAGACGUUGACAGUACCAUUGCAGAAAACAUCAAAGAAUCUGAACGUGCAAUGGGCGAUUCAGCACUAUCAAAUGAGGAUGAAACACAAGAAAUAGAAAAACGGCGGGGUCGACGUAGGCGAAGGGGAGGUCGCAGGAGGUCAGGCCGCAGAAGGUCAGGGCGAAGAGGCUCCAGAAGAGGUGGAUCUAGGCGCACGGGAUCUGGUAAAGGCAGUGCUGCUCUGGGGGCAUUAGAUGCUAUUAGUAAUGGUCUUGGUGCAGUGGACGCUGGUUUAGGUAUAGCACAGACUGUGGGCGAUAUGAAUCAGGGCAAUGAUGACAAUGGAGAUGAUUAUUAGGAAGAAAAUGCGUAAAAUACCUGUACCACAAAUUAUACAAAAUAAACCAAUAAUUUAUUGA